AUGGAAAGGCGAAGACUGCGCCGAAUCCAGAACGGCCGUGUCGUGAAGGACGGCCUAGGAAGGCACGUCAACUCGGCGAUGAAGGCCAUCAUCGUGGUGAUGAUCUUGGCCGAGCUUUUCAACAUCACCACGCAGCGCUUUGGCGUUCAGCAGUACUGGAUCAUUCCGGCUGCGAUCACCUUCUUCCUGCUGCUUCCGGCUGUCACGCAGACCAUCUACUACCCAGAGCACACGUUCACGCUCUGGGUGGCGAAGAUGCAUCUCACUCCUUGUGCAGUUUGA